AUGGCAACAAUGUCGUUCAUCGCGAGCUGUUUUGCGGUGUGUUUGCCAUGCUUAUCGUCGACGCCGCUUCUGCGGAUAAACAAGUCAAAUUUUAAGAUAUUGCGGCUUCUUGGAGAAGGUGCCUAUUCAUACGUCUACCUAGUGCAAGCGGGAGACGGGGGAUUGUAUGCCCUGAAGAAAAUACGGUGCCCUUUCGGAAACGAAAAUGUCAAAACAGCGAUGAAGGAGGUGGAUAGUUAUCGGGAAUUUCGCUCACCUUAUAUAAUACAGGCGAUUGACUCAAGUGUGGUUCAAGAGCCGGAUGGGUCCAAGACGGUUUACAUCCUUCUUCCGUACUUCCAGGAUGGAUCACUACAGGAUGUGAUUACAAAGAACGUCGUAAAUGGACAGGUUAUCUCUGAGGAGGAGGCGCUUUCUCUUUUUGUGGGAAUUUGUCGCGGUGUUCAGUCAAUGCAUCGUCAUCAUCCUAAGACGGGGUACACGAUGGAAAGGUCAGGCUCGACUGGCGAUCAGGAUGAUUUGGCUUCUGCUACAGAAAGCCAGAUUCUGUUACGCUCAGAGCCUUUGGAGGAUGAUGAAGACGAGGUAGAUCCGUUUGCUGACGGGGGGUCGCAAUACGGUGACUCUACUGAGUUAACUGAGACUGUGAGUUUUGCUCAUAGAGACAUCAAACCUGCGAAUAUCAUGGUUUCUCAGGACGGAAAUCCAGUUUUGUGCGAUCUGGGAUCGUGUGCAAGGGCGCAUGUGACGAUUAAGAACCGCGCUCAAGCGAUUACAGUUCAGGAGCUGGCUGAAGAGCAUUGUACGUUGCCUUACAGAGCUCCAGAAUUGCUGGAUGUGAAGGUGGGUGAUGAGCUCGAUGAGAGAAUUGAUAUCUGGUCUCUCGGGUGCACUCUCUACGCGUUGCUGUACGGAUACUCACCUUUUGAACGCGAGGAGCUCGAGAAUGGUGCAAAUAUUAACCUCGCAAUCAGUUCUGGUAUAUACUCCUUCCCAGCCAACCCUGCCUACUCCGAUGGCAUCAAAGACCUGAUCCGCGCAUGUCUAGAACUGGACCCACACGAAAGGCCUAGUAUAGAGACCAUUCUGUCCAAGGCUAUGAAGCUGAAUCAUAGGAUUACCGGAUAA